AUGAAUGAUCAAAACUGCCAGUACGAUCAGCUCUACGGAGGAUAUGCGAGUGCUGCGCAAGGAACACGGAGCAAAAAUCGAUUAAUUAUUUUUACGAAUUUUUAUUGUCCCGCAUGUUUUGUCGGUUUUUAUCCUUUUUCUGACAGCUUCACUUUCUCUCCAAUUUAUGCAUAUUUUGCAAUGUCUAAACAAUAUCAUUUCAGUAUACCCGAAGUUUUUCUGAGUAGAAGUGGGUGUUUUCUGUCAUUGAGCCCUACUAACUCGGUAAGCGAUGAAGAUUUUGCAACGAAUUCUGAUCAAAAGGAUCCCACGACAGGGAUAAAAAUAGAAAAAGAUGGUAAUAACGUUCCUAUAGCGGACACACUUCUCCAUGCAUCAUCAACCUUGUCUGGAGAUGAUGUCGCAAUGGAGACGACCGAUCCGAAUAAUCCUCCAAGAAGGAGCAAAUUGGAUCGUCGAAAGGCUGCAACGAUGAGAGAACGACGACGAUUGCGUAAAGUGAACGAAGCUUUCGAAAUCGUGAAGCAAAGAACAUGCCCGAAUCCAAAUCAGAGGCUACCAAAGGUCGAAAUACUUCGCUCAGCUAUCGAAUACAUUACAAAACUUGAGACAAUGCUCCAUGCUGAAGGAAAGAUGACCAAAAUUAUGGCACAAAAUCAAAUAGCUAUGCAUGGUCACACUGGUGGAGAAUAUUUGCAUCAUUUGACGUCCACAGCCUACCGGUUCGGCGCGGCGCUAGCACGGCGAUGGAAUGGAGGCGGCACAGCACUAGCACGUUUUCUUGCUCUUCAAACAACCGCAUAUGCUAUUUUUCGUGCAUUUUCACACAAAACUCUCAGAUUUUCAGCAGACGGUCGGAAACGGACCUCACUGGAUCGUCUCUCACGCAUAGUGGCAAACAUAGCGGGCGAGGAAGGCGGCGUACCCGCACCGGCACCGCCAACUCAAACAACCGAAACUCGCACAAGUGAACAACCCGAAGCUGAACCCGAGAAGAAACUCGCUGUUUUGCUAUAG